AAAUCUCAGUUUUUAAUUUUUAAUGAUACAAAGUAAUUCACUAAUGAGUGAAUUUGAAUAAUACAAAAGUAAAUUUGAUUUUGAAUAAUACAAAAGUAAUUUAGGGUUCAUUUGCUUUCUAUUGUUACCAAAACCUAAUUUGAAGUACUAAAGCCGUUCCCCUGUGACUAAAACCUUCGAACACCGAUCCAAAACAAGAGAAAAAAACCUUUGCACACAGCUAAAACCGAUGUCGUCUCUCUCUCGCUUUCUCCUUCGUGGCAACUUAAGCUUGAGCACCCCCACGAAUCGCCGCUUCUUCUCCGCCGUUACCGCUGCAGCAGCCACACCCUCGUCACCCAGACCAUCCCUCAUCACUCUCGUAAAUGACGAACGCGACCCCAAAUUCAUCAUGGAGAAGUUCAAGAAAGCCUGCCAAGCAGAGUGGUUCCGGAAGAAUAUAGCCGUCUAUGAGAAGACCGUUCGCCGUCUCGCUGCAGCCAAGAAGUUUGAGUGGGUCGAGGAGAUCUUGGAGGAGCAGAAUAAGUAUCCAAACAUGUCAAAGGAAGGAUUCGUGGCGAGGAUUAUCAAUCUCUACGGACGAGUCGGUAUGUUUGAGAAUGCACAGAAAGUGUUCGACGAAAUGCCUGAGAGAAACUGCAAAAGAACAGUGUUGUCUUUCAACGCAUUACUGAAUGCGUGUGUUAACUCCAAGAAGUUCGAUUUGGUUGAAAGUAUCUUCAAGGAGUUGCCAGGUAAGAUCUCGAUUGAACCAGAUGUUGCAUCUUACAAUACUUUGAUCAAGGGAUUGUGUGGAAAAGGUUCCUUCACUGAAGCUGUUGCGUUGAUUGAUGAGAUUGAGAACAAGGGUUUGAAACCUGAUCAUAUAACUUUCAAUAUACUUUUACAUGAGUCGUAUACAAAAGGGAAGUUUGAGGAAGGAGAAAAGAUAUGGGCUAGAAUGGUUGAGAAGAAGGUUAAGCGAGACAUCCGUAGUUACAAUGCUCGGUUGUUAGGACUAGCCAUGGAGAAGAAAUCAGAAGAGAUGGUUAGUCUCUUUGACGAACUUAAGGUUAAUGAGUUGAAACCUGAUGUUUUCACAUUCACUGCUAUGAUAAAAGGAUUUGCCGGUGAAGGAAGAUUGGAUGAAGCCAUAACGUGGUACAAGGAAAUCGAGAAGAAUGGUUGCCGCCCAAUGAAAUUUGUCUUUAACUCAUUGCUUCCUGCAAUAUGUAAGGCAUGCGAUUUAGAGUCUGCUUAUGAGCUCUGCAAGGAGAUAUUCGUUAAGCGUCUGCUAGUCGAUGAGGCUGUCUUGCAGGAGGUAGUUGAUACAUUGGUGAAAGGGUCCAAGCAAGACGAAGCUGAAGAGAUUGUCGAGCUCGCAAAGACGAAUGACUAUUUGCAGUGCAAGCUACGUCUCUCUCCCAAAGAGUAGUUCAUUGGCAAGGCUUAUUAACUAGUUUUUAAUUUAGUCUAUGUUUCGUCUCUUUAGUGUCUUGUUGCAAACUGCGAGAGCGGUGAUUGAAUAAUUGAACUAUCUGUAGUGUUUGUGUUGCUUUCAGUUUUCAAAGUUAAAAGAAAUUUUCUUA